AUGCGCUCGUUACUAGGUGGCGCAUUGCGCCCAUAUAUAUGCACGUCGUGUAAACGUGGGAUUCAGGCACAGCGGAAGAGAUUCGCCUCCAGUCUUUCGCAACAGCCUGACAUCUAUGACAUUGUCUGUGUUGGAGGGGGUCCGGCAGGGUUAGCUCUGUUAACAGCAUUAAGAUCCUCUCCAAUUACCUCCAAGCUCAAAGUCGCCCUCGUCGAAAGCCAGGAUAUCACCAAGGCCAAAAGCUGGAACCUCGACUCUGAGAACUUUUCCAACCGUGUUAGCAGUCUCACACCAUCAUCUGUGGCAUUCCUGAAAAGUAUCGGCGCCUGGCAACACAUUGACUCCUCUCGAGUGCAACCAUAUGAGGAAAUGGAAGUGUGGGAUGGAGUGACGGGGUCGAAUAUUUCAUUCAACUGGCCCCCCGGCCUGAUCGAUCACGAUGCUUCUUCAAAGACAAUUGCGACCAUGACCGAGAACGCGAAUCUAAUACGAGGUCUACUGUCACGAAUUGAGUCCCUUGGUGAAGAUGUCUCUAUUUUCUCUUCGACAAAGGUCACAUCUAUCAAUAACGGCACUGAUAUUCCCGAUGGACCCGAUCUUUCGGCCUGGCCGGUUCUCACCUUAUCUCCUUCAUCUUCGACGGAAACCAAUUCCAAGCUCCCUACCAUUGCCGCUCGUCUUUUAGUUGGAGCAGAUGGAAUUAACAGUCCUGUUCGAUCAUUUGCCGGUAUCUCGACGGAUGGAUGGGAUUAUGACCGACAUGGUGUCGUUGCUACCCUGAAGCUCUCCCACUCGGCAGCCUCUUCAUCCAGACCGGUAACUGCAUAUCAGCGGUUCCUUCCAGGAAUUGGUGGUCCGGUUGCCAUGCUUCCUCUACCUAACAACUUUGCUACACUUGUCUGGUCAACCACCGUGCAGAAUGCUGCAUAUCUCAAGUCACUAUCUCCAGAAGCAUUUACAGCAAUGGUAAAUGCUGCUUUCCGCCUAUCCAUAACAGACCUGAAAUACAUGUUCUCCUUACCGUCUAGCCCAAACCAAACAUCCUCUGAGACAAGCUAUGACCACGCAGACGAGUUAUCCUGGCGGCUCCAGCAUACCCCUGUCCCAUCGUAUGUGCCACCAGAGGUUGAAACGGUUCACUCGAACACAGUUGCUGGCUUCCCAUUACGCUUCCGCCAUGCAUCAACUUACAUCUCACCUCGAGUGGCACUAGUCGGGGAUGCGGCUCACGUCAUACACCCUCUUGGAGGACUAGGGUUGAACCUUGGGGUCGGCGAUGUAAUUUCUCUCCAUCGCGCGAUUGAAUAUGCUGUGCAGCACGGAAUGGAUAUUGGCUCUUUGCUUAGCUUGGAACAAUAUGCAGCUGAUAGAUGGAUAACUAACGCUGGGAUUGGAGGAGCCUGUGAUCUUCUGCAUAAGGCCUAUAAUGUUCCUGGCUAUGGGCCGUUUGCAUGGGCAAGAGGUGUUGGUCUAAGCGCUGUGAAUAGCCUUUCGGCGUUGAAGGAGGUUAUCAUGAAGCGAGCUUCAACUGCUUGA